CAUGGCCACCCUAGCAACCACGCGAUGCGCCGAUAAACAUUGCUCGGGAGAGGGAGACUCCAGCAGUGUCAAGCAGCUCUGCACAUCACCUCCUGUCUGCGAUGAGGAUCAGAGGCUUGCCAGGCAGAAAGCUACGCAGUUUCUCAGAAUAGCUGAGAUAAACAGGAGGCAGAUUGAAAAGCUGGAGAAAGAGAGGACGCUGAGUGUUCAGUGCAGAAAGAAUGGCUGGACAGAUGUGCCUGGAGAACUGGAAGAGUACGAGAAGGUGCUGGAGGAAGAAAGAAAUGCUGAGAAAAUCAAUCUUCAAAAGCAACUAGUGAAGAUUCAUAAUGGUGUGAGGAAAUUUCAGAGACAGCUAAUCGAUGUGAAGCCAACUCCUGAGUUGAUUGAAAGACUGAAGGAAAUAAUGACGGAGGUGGAAAUCUCAAUUAACAGCCUUAAGGAGGAACAGCGGUCGUGCUUUGAGGGACUUUUGAAGGAGGAAAGGACAUGCAGACAGGAGACCGCUGCUUAUGAGAAGAAGAUUGAAAACUUGAGCCUUGCUGUCAAACCAGACCCUAAACUACACACAGCCCCCGCUGUUAAGACCAAACCCCCGGACAGAGACCUCCCUGCAGAGGUCAGAGUACUGGAGGCUUUCCUGCUGAAGACAGGAGGACCCUGUGGUGGCUGGGACCAAUAUGACCACCAAGCCUUCCUUAAAGUCUUGACAAAGCACAGUGGGCAACCGGUCUACAGGAAAGAGGCCAAACUGUACUUGCCUGGUAAAACAUUGGAGGAGAUAGAGCAACACGAGGACUGGCAUCAGGAGCUGAUCUACCUACAGAACAGGAAGAGAGAGGCUAUUCAGCGGUGGAAAGCCAGCAAGCAUCAGGAACGCCAGACCAGAAUACAGAGCCAGGAGGAGGUGGAGGAGGAAGGAAGAAGGGAGAAGGAGGCCAAGAGCCAGGCCCACCAACACAGGACCCAGGAGGAGAAGAGGGAGGCAGCGCGGCAACUGGAGGAGUGGAGGGAAGAGAAGAGAAGGAACGAGGAACACGAAGAGGAGCAGAGGCUGGCUGAGGAGAUACAAAAGAGGAGACGGGCAAAGGUAGCAGUCGCCGGACAGCUGGAAGUGAAGCUGACCAUUGAGGAGCAGCUACGACUGAGGAGAGAGGAGGAGGAGGAACAGGGGAGGAGGUGGAAAGAGGAGGAACGGAGAGAGAUGGAUGAGCGGAGAAGGGAGGCUGCAAAGGGCAUCAAACGCUUUAAUGAAAGGGAUCUACACAAGGUUGAGGCAAAGCUUCAGGUGAAACAGCUGAGGGAAAAGGAGGAAGAGGAAAGACAGAGGAGAAUCACUGCUAAGUUGAAAGAAAAGGUGGAUGGUAACGUCAGCAGAGACCCCUCUAGGCUUACCCGCCCCACAAAGGGAUGGGAGGAGCGAAUGAAACACAUUGGACCUUCGGGAGGAGGGCCUGUGCCGCAGAUGUUUCACAGAGCUGUUCCCACUUGGAGACAAGGCCUGUGAUGAGCAUUACUGGAAGUCAACUGAACAUCCCUGAAAUGCAUUCAAAAUUCAGUUUUUUAUAGAAAUUUGAUUCAAUAAAAAUGUACACAUAGAGAUCCCAACACCAGAUUGUGCCUUUCUUUCAAUCUACUGUGUACUGCUAUCAAUUAAAUUAACUUGAUUUUACAAAACUAUUAUUUUAAAUAAAAGCUUGUGUAAACUUCACAAUU